AUGAAAUUAAAUAAAUCUUCAAAUAAUGGUUUAGGAGAAGCAAAAGUAUUUCCCAAAGAAAUUGAUAAAAACAAAUCAGAUGUUGGAAUACCAGAAUUGAAAAGAGCAGCACAAGACAUAAAUAUAGAGCAAAGAAUAAGUAGUGGUAACUCAAUGAUGACUAAUAAAGUGAAUAAGACUUCUUGGGGUCUCGUCAGUGGAGUGGUUUGCACAGCUGUAGUCAUUGCCUGUCUCGUUGGUGCUAUAAUUGUUCUUAUCAAUAAAAGACGACAGAAGCGUCAGGCCGUGUAUUGA